GUGGGCCAGUCUCGGUGACCGCAUGCCGCUGCUUUUACUCUAGCUAACGGGCUAUUUGCUGGGCUGCAGCCAGCUAACUUUAGCUAAUCGGGGCCCUGUUCUCCCUCUCGAUACCUGCAUUUUCCGGAUUUUUCAAGGGCCAUGGAUUUCCCAGGCCAUUUUGAGCAGAUCUUCCAGCAGCUGAACUAUCAGCGUGUCCAUGGCCAGCUUUGCGACUGUGUCAUCGUGGUAGGCAGCCGACACUUUAAAGCCCACCGCUCCGUGCUGGCGGCCUGCAGCACCCACUUCAGAGCGCUGUUCACUGUCGCAGAGGGAGAUGCUAGCAUGAACAUGAUCCAGCUGGACAGCGAGGUGGUGACGGCCGAGGCCUUUGCCGCUCUCGUGGACAUGAUGUACACGUCGACACUGAUGCUCGGGGAGAGCAAUGUCAUGGAUGUUCUCCUCGCAGCUUCGCAUCUGCACCUCAACAAUGUGGUCAAGGCUUGCAAACACUACCUGACAACACGCACGCUGCCCAUGUCCCCCUCAUCCGACAGAGCUGCCCAUCACCACCCACAGCAGGAGCAGCAGAGGCACAGACAGCAGCAGCAUCAGCAAGUAGCUGAUUUAGCAGUGAACCCGACAUUAGCAGCUAAUGCUAACCUUGCAGCAAAUGCUGCCACUUCAAAGCUGCAGCGCUCCUUCUUACUGCAGCAGCUGGGGCUCAGCUUGGUGAGCUCUGCUUUGGGUGGGAUGGAAGACGACCGGGCGGGAAAUGUAGUUGGCAGUAGGGUGGUUGACCAGAGGGCCUCCUUCCCAAUCCGACGCUUCCACAAACGAAAGCCCUCUCUGGCGUUGGGGCUUUCAGAGGAGAGACCCAGACAGAGACAGCGUCCUUCGGCGCCUAACCUCGGGUUGUUAGGAGAAGAAGGGGUGAACGCAGAGCGGGAGGAUGGAGCACUUCUCUCCCCAGAUUCCCACAAGAUGGGGGACGAAUCUAAACUUGACCCUGCGAUCACUGGGUUAGCAGCUGCUUCCCAAGAUGACCCUCAGAUGCCGAGUCAGUCAGAUAGUGGACGCUGCGAGGAGGAGAACUUGGGGAGAAUUCAAGGAGUAAACAAAGAAGAGGACAUGGAUGACCAGGAUCAGCAGGACAGCAGAGCAGGGGUGAAAAUAAAAUCAGGAACAGAGGAGGAGGAGAACGAAGAAGAGGAGCAGAAGGUAAAGCUACAGGUGGUUGUUAAACGUGAGCCGCUAAGUUCUCCCGAGCCAGCUGAUGAAAUUAGCGACGUCACAUCGCAGGCCGAAGGCAGUGAUCCUCCUGAGCCUGGGUGCCAGGAGGACGAAGAGAAGGUGGAGCUGAGCCCAGAGAGCAGCGACCGCAGCUUCACUUCUGAACCCCAGCCCAGCUCCGACUCUCUUCUCCAGCCCAGCUCCCAGCUCAUCCUCAAGAGCAGUAUAGGAGGAGGAGGCGCGAACGGAGGUGGUUUUGGACUGAGUGGCAAACCUGGGUUCAGCAUUUCCAGCUUCCUCAGCCAAAAGGAUUUUGCGACUGGCAGCUCAGGGAUGGUUGCCGGAGAGGACGACCUUCCGAACACAACAACUGGGGAUGCAGUAGCACAUCGCUUUCUGCUGAGGCAGGAAGCUGCUGGCACUUCUGGCUCUGCUUCUUCCUCUCUUUUGCAAUCAGGCCCACUCAGUGGUGAGAGUAGAAGCAGUUUUGGAGAUAAUCUGCAAGCCGAUUCUCUGUUCCUCCGCCCCCUGCAUGAUGGUUUAGGAAACCCCAGAGGAAAUGGGGGAAAUUCAAGAGGAGGACGUGGAGGAGUGGAUCCUUUUGAUUUGGAAUUCCAGCGCUCAAGUUUGGGGCUUCAUUCACUGGGACGGCCCUCAAGAGAGACAGGAGGAGUCAGCGGCACAGGUCUGAGUUAUCCAGGCUACAGACGCAUUGCUCCAAAAAUGACCACUGGCAUGGGAGGAGAAGAGGCAGUAGGGGGGAUUCUUCAGGAUGCUGCCUCCUCUUCAUCAAGUCUACCGGGUCCCCUGCUCCUCAAUGAGAACGGAGGGUAUGAGAUGAGUGGCAACAGGCCCACCUCCCUCCCCCCUCAGCUCACCCGGGCCUCAGCAGACGUUCUGUCCAAGUGCAAAAAGGCUCUCUCAGAGCACAAUGUCCUAGUGGUUGAAGGAGCACGAAAAUAUGCCUGCAAAAUCUGCUGCAAAACAUUCCUCACCCUGACUGACUGCAAGAAACACAUCCGUGUCCACACGGGAGAGAAACCCUACGCAUGUCUGAAGUGUGGAAAACGCUUCAGCCAGUCUUCACACCUAUACAAGCAUUCCAAGACCACCUGUCUGCGCUGGCAGAACAGUAACAUGUCCAAUGCCCUGCUGUAGGAGCAGAGUGUGGAGAUUAAAACACUAGGAAUCAGUGUAGCUGCCUUUAAAGUCACAAAGCUGUUAUAAAAAUGUUUCUGAAGCUCUGACUGAACGGCCAGUUUUGUUAUCCGCUCUGUCUAAACUAACUGAUCCUGAUCACAGACCAAAGAUGGGGAUGAAAAGGUAACUUAAUAUGAAUAUGUAACAUUAUCUUCUCCAAGACCAGUUGAUAAAGUUUCUGUUAAAAAAUUAACCCUAUAGAAAGAUUAUAGGGAUGUAGGCCGAUAUAUCAGCCAAUACUGGCUAUUUACCAUUUGGCAUUGAUAAUGGCCAAUAAGUGAAAAAUUUAAAAGGAAAAAACACCUUUUAACAAUUUUGUGAGCAUAACACAGCGUAAAAGAUGGACGUAGCUGCUGUGACAUCACCCUUUGGUUAGUGAACUCCCAUUAUGAAACUUCAAGAUGAGUGUCUUCACCAUUUGAGGUGAUCCUUUAGUGCCGAUUCAUUGUUAGUGGUACACUUGGAAGUAAAUUCGAUUCAGUCAUUGCAACACUCAGAGGCAGCUGUGCAACAUCAGCACUAAAGACUGACAUCAUGUAAAAUAUUGUAUUUAAAUUCAUAUUCAGUGCAUAAUUGUAAAAACAUGUAGCAGCUGACAUUAUUGACUGUGCCUUGUUCUGUGCACGGCCCGUCACAUCCAUUCACAUUCAUCCACGUUGGUCGCCAUUAUGCGUGUAAGUGCUAAAAUCUAAUGGUUUAUUAGAUGCAAGCAAAAAAAGGCAGAGAUAAUCCAGUGUGUGGGAGAGACCUGGGUAAUGCUGAAAUCUGUAGCAUUUUAACAGUUCAACCAGCAGAGAAGGCGACAGAGUAUGUAGUGUUGUAACAGUGUUUGUAUUCUGUCAUGCGGUGAAAUGUCAUCAGUACUUUGUUAAUUAAUAGUCAUCAUGAGGAAUCGAGCAGUGACUAAUUCAAGUCAAAUUAACGUGACAUGAUCGUCGUCUAUGGUUGAUUUUCAGUCUGUCACUGACGUUGUUGCUGGGCUCAUUUUAAUGUUGAAAAUGUUUUUGGUAAAAGGCCAAAUAAUUCAAAAUGUACUCAUGGAGGCCUUCAUGUGACAUAUGUCUGCAAGAGUAACAGCCUCACUUUAAAACAUUUAUACUUGUAGGGGGAAAAUUCUGAAUUACCCUGAUUACCCUUCCACCACAACUGUUUACCGUAGAGUGAAGUUUCAUUGUUUACUGACGUAAAAUUAUUACGGCAAUCAGGAGAAAGGUUUAAAAAAAACAAACGUAUUUUUCUGUCCAAAUUCAUAAAACAGUUUAUUGUGAUUGUAAAAAUAUGGCACUACGUGACUUUCAGCCGUAGCUUCUCGGUGUUGUGUGUUUAUUGAAAGAACGGCGAAGUUUCAGUGACGAGUUCAGCAUGUGUUGGGGGAAAAAAAAUAUUUCGACAUGUAAAUACUGUAUUGCACAUUUCUGGUAAGUCCUUUGGAGAGGAGACAAAACAACUCCUAAAGAUGUAAACAUUGUGUGUAUGUUUGCUACUGUACUUGAUAUGAGUGCUUUAUACGUGUCUCUUUACAUAUAAUGUUGCGCCUGAUACAAAAACACUGAGACAAAUCAGUCUUUUUUUACAGCUAAUAAUGUUUACUGGAAUGUUGAACUAUGUGACGACAUCUUCAUUGUAAUCCAACCAUCCGGCUCACCCAGCUCUUAUGAUCUUCCUUCUUCCUUUCUUAUUCUGUUGUGCUGGAAAUGAAAACAAAGUUCCACUAGUCUAGAAAAAUGUAACAUCACUAAAGGAAUAUUUCACAUGGAGAAAGUAAUUUUUAAAAAAAAAGAUUUUAAUGUUUUUAUUUUUUUGUUAAUUACAAGAAAUUUUGUGUUUUAUGUAGCUGUAUUUUAAUGUAACUUGAUAAAUGUUGGGGAAUGCUGUAAGUUACAAGUCAACUAUGUUACAACUGAGGAUUUGUGUAAGCUUAAAUAAAAGUAUAGACAGGAUUUACAAAAAUAAUAUCACAUGAAGGUUUUCUAGCAGACAUCCUGCAGGUUGAAAAACAGCCUCUCUGGAUGGCAGUAUGUUUUUUGAAACCGUGUUCAUGCUGUGUUGUAGAGUUCUGUUUUAGUGAACUGGAAUGGGGAAAAAAAAUACAUUAAUUAACAUGUUUGCUUUUUGUAUACUUUAAUGAUUGGUGUAUUGUGACACUUGAGCUGUCAGUGAGGCAGGAUCAUUGCUUUCAAUCCUAGUUGGCACCUUGUUGUACUGUAGAGUCAUCACACUGUUAGCCCUUUACAAAAUGACACUUUUUAAAAAGAAAAAAGUUAUUUAAAGUUAUUUUCCCUGUAAAUUUAAUUCAGAACUCUAUUAAAGUCAUUUAAAAUGACCAGUGAUGGUUUAGUCUUUAAUCUGACUAAAAUUUAGUCUGUUGCUCUGACUCUCACUCACAUUCAGCUUCUUCUCUCAUCAUGAAGCGAGGUAGCUGUAGCAGGCUUUUGAAAAAUACAAAGGUAGAUAUGGGAUCAGGCAAAGGUUUGACUGUUUACAUGCCACACAAGCAGGUUAGGUGCUGUCUUCUACGGCUGUUGUAUUAAUUAUUAAAUUAUUAUUAAAACUGCACUGACUGAACUACCCUCUGUAUGAAGAUGUUUGAUUUCUUAGAAAGAAAUGUGUAUAAAAGUCUGAAUUGAUUAUUAAAGUCACUGCCUUAUGCCCUCUAGCUUGUAAAGCCGGGCUUUUGUUGAUAUGCCAAAAUUGAAAGGUUUGGGGGGGAUUUCGUUUGUUUUUUGUUUUUGUUUUCUGUAUAACGUCUGUAGUGUAACCAUGGGGUGGCUAAAUGUUUGUCUCUUUACUGUUGAAGACUUUGAAGAUUGUAUAGUAUGUUCAGGUGUUGUAUAGGCUGAAUAAAAAUGCUAUGAAAUUCAGUUUGCGUGCAACCUUCUUAUCAUAUACAGUGCUGCGAAAAAGCCUUGGCCCCCUUCCUGAUUUCUUUUUUUUUAAUAUUUUUCACGCGUGUGUUCGAUCAUCAAACUAAUUCUAACAUAAGACAAAAUAACUUGAGUAAAUACAAAAUUGUUUUUUGUUUGUUAAAUUAAGAAAUAGCUUUCCAAAAAAAGUGUGGUUAAUCAGUUGAGUUCAAUUUCCUUAUCCACACUCAGGCCUGAUUACUGCAAGACCUGUUGAUUCAAGAAAUUGCCAACAUAGAAGCUGUCUCACAAAGCUAACCAGGCUAAAAGAUCCCAAAAAUCAACGCAACAUGCCAUGAGCAGCUGAGAAGCAAUGUCACUGACACCUAUCAGGGUGGAAAGGGUUACAGAGCCAUUUCUUAGGCUUGAUCCUGAAUCCUGAAGGAGAAUGUCCGGCUAUCAGUUUUUCCCCACGCUUGGGUUAUGCAGCAGUACAAUGAUCUGAACCAGGCUGUUCAUGCGCCAACCCUAUAUGUGGGUGUAAUAAAACAAUUCUGCAAAGAGGAGUGAGCUGAAAUUCCUCCACAGCGAUGAGUAAAACUCUAUGCAGUUCUUGCUGCCAAGGGUGGGAAACCAGUUCCUAGGUUUAUCGGGGCAAUCAUUUUUUCACCCAGGGCCAAAUAGGUUUGAAUCACUUUUUUUUUUCAUAUAAUUUCAAAAUCAGAAAUCAGGAAGUGGGCAAAAACUUUUUCACAGCACUCUAGAAUGCCAAACUAAAAAAUGUGAAACUGAAGACUAAAGAAAAAGGAGACAGUUGCAACACUGCAUGGAUUUACUUCAGUCAGCAAAACAUAUUUUGAACAGUAAGUAGAACUAAUCAUCCACUAUUUGAUCAUUUUUUCAGAGUGGAAGCUGUUUCUUCUUAAAGCUUGAGCUCUUUGAUCAUCGGCUGCCCUCGCAGGCCCAGGAGGAGGUUGUUUGCCGCCAAGGAAGACAUGGCAUCACGGGUAGUAUAGGAGGCACUCGCAA